CAGGACCCGGAUGUACAGCCGGCUCUUCAACAUGGAGGCGUCCAAGGAGACAGAUUUCUGAAGGGGACUUAUUUCUUCAUACCCUCGUCACCAUCACUGUUGUUUAUUAAUCUCCCGUGUGUCUCUGUGAUGUCUCCACCAUGAAGUGUUCUCGCUGCCUGCUGCAGCUGCAGACUCUCAGACUGGUGGGUCAGUCAGUCAGAGCUGCUGCCCAGUAUGGUGCUGGACUCCAGUCAGCCUCCUCCAGUCAACCCAGCGUGCUGCACAACACCAAGCACCAGGUGUUGAGGCGUUUCCAUGGCAGCCCGGCGUGCGCAAAGACUCCGCCCACUGAGUUCAUCAAAGAGUUUGACAAGGAGAAGAACAGAUCUCUGGUCACGCAGGACGGCCUGUUUGAGCAGAUUUCCCAAGACGCCAAGUCUAAAGCGACGUUUAACAAAGUGGUGGAAGUCUUCAUGAAGCGGGACGUGAGGCGGCGAGGCCACGUGGAGUUCAUCUACGCCGCUCUGGCGAAGAUGCAGGAGUUCGGCGUGGAGCGAGACCUCGCCGUCUACAACAAGCUGCUGGACGUUUUCCCCAAAGAGGUGUUCGUGCCGCGAAACUACAUCCAGAGGAUGUUCAACCAUUACCCCCGACAGCAGGAGUGUGGCGUGCAGGUCCUGGAGCAGAUGGAGAACUACGGAAUCUUACCGAACGUGGAGACCAAAGUGCUGCUGGUCCAGAUAUUCGGAGAGAAGAGUCACCCCAUAAGGAAGUACCAGCGUCUCAUGUACUGGUUCCCCAAAUUCAAAAACCUGAACCCCUUCCCCGUCCCUCAGCAGCUGCCCGAAGACCCAGUGGACUUGGCGCGCCUCAGCCUGACUCGUAUCGCUAACGACCGGGACGCUGAAGUCACCAUUUACCAGAUGCCGUGUACAGACGUCACCGAGAGCGGAGAGGAAGUCACGCUGCCACAUGUCGUCGGGACCCAGAGUCCGGAUCAGGUGGAGCUUCUGUCCAAACACAACCCGAGCAAGCCCGUGUUUGUGGAGGGUCCGUUCCCGCUGUGGCUGAGGAAGAAGUGUGUGUACUACUACAUCCUCAGAGCGGACCCCACUCCUGCUGAGGAGAAGGUAGAGGAGCCCUACGAUCCAGAGAGGUGUUUGGACUAUCCUCUGCAGCUGGACCUGGACCUGGAUCGAGACUUUGGGGACGAGGAGAGCUUCGACGUGGAGGAUUUGGACGAGGGUCCUGUCUUCGCCAUGUGUAUGACGGGUCGGGGCGACCAGUCCACCCUGAACGUGUGGAUCUCUGGACUCCAGCAGAACAACCCGAUCCUGGGUCAGGUCCCCACGCUGUUCCGCCUCGAGGCCGGGCCCAAAGAGCUGGAGGGGGCCGAGGACACGGAGUCAGAACACGAGCGCACAGCGAACCCAGAGACCCCGAGAGAGGAGGGCGAGGUCACAGAGGAGGAGGAGCCGAGGAGGAGGAGGAGUCAGUGACAGCAGGCAGACGGUUUUUAGACUGAUGGAGAAACAAAAGACUGAGUGGUAUAAAUGUGUCAGUGUACAUGUGAGGAGCUUGGAUACCAGCUGAUCAGAAGACCAUAAAGUAUGUUACCUGAUCGAAUAAAUGUAAUUUAAAAACCUUCUGUACGUCCUCAUUUAGAUUCGCUGGUUUAUGGAGAAUUUACAGGAUUUAAAAAUAGGAAAAAAACAUAUUUUCAGUUUUUAAAGGAAGAAUGUGCAACAUGUUCCACAUAAAUAUAUCAUUAAUCCAGU